AGGCAUGAGAAAAAGUAUGAGUGCACCUGCAGUGGCAAUAGUAGUAUCUCCCCCGAAGGGAAAAAAAAUCGCUCCCCGAAUCCUCUGCUGCCGGAAACGAGAUCGCCGCCAACCUCCUCCGUCCCUCCGCGGCCGGAAAGGAGCUCCGAGCUCGUCCCCGACCCCGCGCUCCCGUCUCCGUUCCGCCGCCGUCGUCGACACCUCUGUUCAGCCGCCGCCGACCUCUGCACCCGAAUCCAACCUGUGCCCCCGCCGUCAACCUCCCCUCCAGCGGCACGAGUAAAGGAAGAUGCCUUCACUUCAAAUGGCUUUACCUCCAGAACUUGCUGAUAAUGCGCUCAGAUUAUUCCGCGAGUGCUUAAGGAGGGCUAAGUUCAUUGGUAAUCAGCAACACAACACGGGGCUUCUCGUUAACAUGGUGAGGCAGCAGUUCAAGAAAAACAUGCAUGAGACUGAUCCAGAGAAGAUACAGAAAAUGAAGGACGACGCGGCGAGGGGCCUUAUCAAUCACAUCAUAUACGAGUCCGAGAAGAUGACGGGGCGCAAGUUCUCAGGUUAAGACAGAUGAGAGUGGAGUCUCACCGUAUGCUGUCUGCACGAUGUAGGACCAGCUAAUGAUCUGCUUGGUUUUAUACUCAUUAAGACGGUGAAUUUUUAUUUACUUUUUGCAUUUUCCUGUGGUUCCGGAUGUAAUAAUUGACCUACACAACACAUGGUAAGUGGCCUGCUAGCCUCUGUUUGGUUGUUCUUUAAUUCUCCCUCCACUCAUAAAUAUAAGUCUUUCUACAAGUUUCA